AUGUCAGCCCAGUCUCUUCCGGAAGCAACACCCCCCACCCAGAAGCCCCCUCGGAUCAUCCGCCCCCGCCCCCCUUCUCGGGCCCGGGCUACCCAGUCCCCAGGGCCCCACCACAACGGCUCCUCUCCACAAGAAUCUCCCCUUACCGCCAAUGAGGCACCAACCCCCAUGUGCACCCCCAUGUUCUGGGAGCCCCCGGCCCCAUCCCUCAAACCCCCUGCCCUUCUGCCCCCGUCAGCUUCUAAAGCCAGCCUCGACUCCCAGACUUUCCCAGACUCGUCUUCCGACACCCCCAGCCCAGUGUCCCGGCGCUCCAUCUCCCCAGAGCCUGCUCCCCGGUCUCCAGUCCCCCCACCCAAACCCUCUGGGUCACCCCACAUGGCUCUGCCCCUGCUCCCCACGACCCAGGUCCCCGACCAGGAUGGCUCUGCCUCGGCCCCAGGCACUGUGCGCAGACUGGCUGGCAAGUUUGAAUGGGGGACUGAAGGCAGAGUCCAAGCUGCGGACACCCUGGAGCCAAGUCCCCCAGGGGGAGUGGAUGUGAAUGGGGAGAGAGAGACUCCCCAGGGCAACCUCGCUGGGAGCGGGUCCCAGGAGAACGGCACUCCAGGUGCUGGGCUGGCCUGCCCUCCCUGCUGCCCCUGUGUCUGCCACGUGGGCCGGCCUGGCCUGGAGCUCCGAUGGGUGCCUGUGGGGGGCUAUGAGGAUGGUCCCAGAGUACCUUGCCGGGCCUCCCCACUGCGGGCCUCCCGCUCCCGCCCCAGCCCUUCAAGCCUCAGCCACCCUCCAGUCGUCCUCACGUCCUACCGCUCCACUGCUGAGCGCAAACUCCUGCCACCCCUCAAGCCCCCCAAACCAACCCGGGUCAGACAGGACAUCACCGUCUCUGGAGAGCCCCCACAGCCUGAUCUCGAUCCGCCCUCUGAAGAUGGAAUCCAAAGAGGGGACAGUCCUGAUGGUGCUCCUCAGAAUGAUCCUCCAGCCACCACGGAGGGCAGGGAGGAAGAGGAGCUGGAGGAGCUGAAGGAGCAGAACUGGGAGCUGCCCCUGCAGGAUGAACCGCUGUACCAGACCUACCGCGCAGCCGUGCUGUCAGAGGAGCUGUGGGGGGUCGGUGAGGACGGGGGUCCCGCUUCCGCAAACGCCGGGGAAGCUCCCACCUUCGCCCGUCCCCCGGGCCCUCGCAACACGCUGUGGCAGGAGCUUCCGGCUGUGCGAGCCAGCGGCCUCCUGGACACCCUGAGUGCCCAGGAGCGGCGGAUGCAGGAGAGCCUUUUCGAGGUGGUGACGUCGGAGGCCUCGUACCUGCGCUCCCUGCGGCUGCUGACAGACACCUUCGUGCUGAGCCAGGCGCUCCGGGAUACGCUCACCCCCCGGGAUCACCACACCCUCUUCUCCAACGUGCAGCGAGUCCAGGGAGUCAGUGAGCGUUUUCUGGGGAAGUUACUGUCCCGGGUGCGCGCUUGCCCCCACAUCCGUGACCUGUGCGACGUGGUGCACGCGCAUGCCGUGGGGCCUUUCUCCGUGUACGUGGACUAUGUGCGGAACCAGCAGUACCAGGAGGAGACCUACAGCCGCCUGAUGGACACGAACGUGCGCUUUUCCGCGGAGCUACGGCGGCUGCAGAGCCUUCCCAAGUGCCAGCGCCUCCCGCUGCCCUCCUUCCUGCUCCUGCCCUUUCAGCGCAUCACGCGGCUCCGCAUGCUGCUGCAGAAUAUCCUGCGCCAGACAGAGGAGGGGUCCAGCCGCCAGGAGAAUGCCCAGAAGGCCCUGGGUGCUGUCAGUAAGAUCAUUGAGCGGUGCAGCGCCGAGGUCGGACGCAUGAAGCAGACAGAGGAGCUGAUCCGGCUCACACAGAGGCUGCGCUUCCACAAAGUCAAGGCCCUGCCUCUGGUCUCCUGGUCCAGGCGCCUGGAGUUGCAGGGGGAACUGACAGAGUUGGGGUGCAGGAGGGGAGGCAUGCUCUUUGCCUCGCGCCCCCGCUUCACCCCCCUCUGCCUGCUGCUCUUCAGUGACCUGCUGCUCAUCACUCAGCCCAAGAGUGGGCAGCGGCUACAGGUUCUGGACUAUGCCCAUCGCUCCCUGGUCCAGGCCCAGCAGGUGCCAGACCCAUCUGGCCCCCCUACGUUCCGCCUCUCUCUUCUCAGCAACCACCAGGGCCGCCCCACACACCGGCUACUCCAAGCUUCAUCGCUAUCAGACAUGCAGCGCUGGCUGGGCGCCUUCCCUACCCCAGGCCCCCUUCCCUGCUCUGCAGACACCAUCUAUGAGGACUGUGAGUGUUCCCAGGAACUCUGUUCAGAGCCUUCCACACCCACCAAGACAGAGGGACGAAAUGUGGAGUCCAGGGCACCCCCCAAGCACCUACACAAGAACCCUGAAGGCUGGCUGAAGGGGCUUCCUGGAGCCUUCCCUGCCCAGUUGGUGUGUGAAGUCACAGGGGAACAUGAAAGGAGGAAGCACCUUCGUCAGCACCAGAGACUCCUGGAGGCCGUUGGGCCGUCUUCAGGCUCCCCCGAUGCCCCCCCACCCUAA